CAUCAAGUAUACCAGUGGAGUUUACUGAAAUAAAUAUGAUGGAACAUGGUAAGAAAUCUAAAACAUUUGAGAUUGACAGAAACACCGAGAGAAGACCAAUAGACAUUCUGCAAAAAACUGAAACUCUUCAUGGACCAAAGUUGGAGAAAAAGGUGAUUAGUUAUACAACAACUUCAUCUAUACCAGUGGUGUUUGCUGAAAAAAAUAUGAAGGGACAUGGUAAGAAACCUAAAACAUUUGAGAUUGGUAGUAGCACCCAGAAAACACUAACAUACAACCCACAAUCAAAAAUUGAAGCUCAAAGUGAAUCAAUGUUGAAGAAAAAUUGUAUAAGUUAUACAACAACAUCAACUAUACCUGUGGUAUUUACUGAAAGAUAUGCUAAGAGAGUUGAAAAUAAAUGUGAAACAUUUGGUAUUGAUAAUAGCACCAAGGAAAGACCAAGAAACAUUCUGCAAAAUAGUGAAGCCCUGGGUGAAUCAAAGUUUAAGAAAAAUGUAAUCAGUUAUUCAACAACAUCGACUAUACCUGUGGUGUUUACUGAAAGAUAUGCUAAGAGAGUUGAAAAUAAACGUGAAACAUUUGGUAUUGAUAAUGGCACCAAGGAAAGACCAAGAAACGUUCUGCAAAAUAGUGAAGCCCAAGGUGAAUCAAAGUUGAAGAAAAAUGUAAUCAGUUAUUCAACAACAUCAAUUAUACCUGUGGUGUUUACUGAAAGAAAUAUGAAUGAUGUCCAAAAUAAAUUUAUGUCCCUUUUAACAGAUUCCCCUCCUGAAUCUGUUAAAUCCUUAGAUUUUGGAGAAUCUCAGGAUUCAGACAAGCAGUUCAAUGAAAUCAAUGAGUCGAUUGUGUCUUCAGAUGAAGAAUCAUUACAAAAUUUAAGGGAUUCUAUUGAGUGUACAAAUGGAAAUUUGUCUCCUUUCAGCUCAAUUGGAAGUAAUAGUUUGAACUCAUCCAAACGACUUAAACGUAGAUUACUUGACAGUCUUGAUUACACAUCUGAUGAUUCAGAAUAUAAAAGCUCUUCAAAAUUUCUAAGAACUGAUCUGCUGAAUAGUCCCUCAAGUGAAACAAGUGAAUUUUUGGGUGGUAAUGUUAUUUCUUCAGAUGAUUUUGCUGAACCUUACGAUGGGUCUGAAAAAUUUAGUAUGAAGAACCCAAAAGGUGAUAAAACAUCAAGAUUACUGCAAAUGAAUACUUCCCCACAAUAUGAUUAUAAUCUACGAGAUGGAAGCAUCCCUGAUGAACUCACAUCGGGACACCCAAGUUCCAUGAAUGCUGCUUCUCCAUUUCCAUCUUUUAGUGAUGAAGUGAACAUGAGGAGUUCAUCUGAUCGGGGGUUUGCUGACUUGAAUGUUGAUUCUCCUCUCUACGAUCGAGAUAUGCAAUCUUCAGAUGAAGAUAUUGAUAACUACUUAGUAAACAUUUUUGAUGAUUGAGGAUGAAAUGGUGAGCUGGAUGAUCAUUCUUUGUAUCGAAGUAUAAGUAUUAUUAUUUUAGCUAAGCCAGCUAAAAUGAAAUUGUUGGUUUGAUUAAGGUUUAUUUGAUUGAAAGGAUAUGUAUGUUUAUGACACAUGAACAUUUUAAUGUUAGAAUAAGUAGUUAGUGAGAUAGCAGGUUCAACACAAUUAUGAUUUCAGAUCAGUUGUAAAGAUAAUAAGUAAAAUAAGUUUUGAAAAGUCAUUUAACAAGUUUCAUUAACAUUAAGUAUUUUUAUUUCAAAUAAUAAAGGUUUAUUAA